UUUCAUCGAGCACAUGGUAGGCAGCUCGUCGUUGAGGCCAAGGACCUUUCCCGGCACCGGCCGAUGGCGGAGGGCAUGAGCUACGACGGGGACGCUCGGCGCAGGGCCCUCGCCGUCCACGGCCGCUCUGGCCCCUUGCCCGGCACUCAGAAUUCAGGAGCAGGGCAAGGCGCGUAGACGGGGGAAACUGGGGAUGGUGAUGAUACCACAGUCGCAGCCGAAGCAGAUGGUGAGAGCCUACUUCGGCGGCCAUAUCCACGCCCCUCGCGUCGCAGGUAAGUUCUUUGUUCCAUCAGAGGAUGCAUGCGACCCGUCGGUACAGAGAACAGAAGCCGUGGUGGUACAGACCGGAAUGCAUUCCCCUCCUCUGUUUCCAAUUGUAUUGAGAGAGCUUCUACUUUGGUAGGUCAAGCAUUUCUCUGUUUUUUGCAAACCCGAGGCGCCUGAGCUACUAGUACUACUGGAGGCUAGCACACUGUGCUGCACACAGUGACAGUGCUGUCACUGGAGCACUCCAGUAGAAAAGACUGGGUGUGGCUCCAAGAAAAGGACCAGCGGACCACACAUAUGUCUGGAGAUGCAGGCAGGAGCUUCACUACGAUAUGCUCUAGAUCUAAUAGAGAGAGUUCUUCACUAGCUGGCUGCUCUCACGAGUUACAAGGAAUCUGAUGAGGCGAUGGCGGCCAUUAGCUUGGGCAGACCAUCAUUCCGGCUGGAGCAGAGGCAAAUGAUCUAGGACACAGCCAUCUUUCUGCAACUUUCAAGCCUCCAUCUAAUUGAGGCUGGAGCCUGGAGAUGCUAGGUUGCCGACGAACAGAAGCUCCCAAAACAGAGUUGUAAGGACAUAGAAGAUCACUGCGUUUAACUUGGAAGAAGCUUAGCCAGGCAUUCGACAGUCUACAAAGAAAAGAUGGCAGAGGCUGUUGUUUAUGUCGUGCUUCAGAAAAUUGCUGCUAGUUUGGGGCGGGAUGCUCUAAAAGCAAUAGGCUCACGGUUAGGAAAAGAAGCAUCGGAUUUACUUGAAGCUGAGAACAACAUGAAGCAGCUUGAGAUUGAAUUUAGAGUUAUGAAAGCUUUUCUAAUCCAAGUAACAAUGUGCUCAUCACGUAAUCUGGCUUUUGAUGCGUGGCUUGAUGAGGUAAAGAGGGUUUCACAUGACGCUGAGGAUGUAAUUGACGGGUAUGAAUACCUGCUUGGACAAUCAACUACACAAACACAAGGUUGUAGUUCACUGAAGAAACUAUGGCGGCGUUCCAAACAUGCUGGUGGUUGGCGAAGCAUUACUGAACAGCUUAAGCAGAUUGAGGUCCGCCUUUCGAAGCUCACAAGCAUGAGAGAUCGUUAUGGCAUCACAAUCAGUGCAGAAGGAGAAGUUAGCCACACAAGCCAGAACGGUCAGCUGGAACAUGCUCUGGACUCAACAUGUAUAAACAUCGAGGAUGAGGUGGUCGGGAUUGAAAAAGAAACAUCAUGGCUUGUACAACAGUUGAUACAUGGGCAAGAAGAACGGACAAUCGUCUCUGUCUGUGGUAUGGGUGGUUUAGGCAAAACGACUCUUGUCCGUCAGGUCUAUAAAAAGGAUGAAAUUAAGCAGAAUUUUGACUGUUCUGCAUGGAUUUCAGUUUCUCAAAGUUACAACAUUGAACAUCUGUUGAGGGAACUAUUAAAGCAGCUCCAGGAGAAGGAAAAGGACAUCCCUCAUCAGGUUGACACUAGGGAUGCUGCAAGCUUGGUACAAACACUAACGGACUUCUUGCAGGACAAAAGGUAUUUGAUAGUCUUGGACGACAUGUGGAGUCGAGAUGCCUGGGUAUUAUUGAAUCAUGCACUGGGUAUAAGCAAAAACGGAAGCAGGAUCAUCAUAACUACACGAAAUGAAGAUGUUGCUUCAUUGGCUGAUGAUGAGCACGGCAUUCAGCUUAAAACUCUUGGGAAGGAGGAAGCAUGGGACCUCUUCUGUAGAAAAGCCUUUCCAAGAUUAGAAGGGAAAACAUGUCCCCAGAGUCUAAUUUAUUGGGCAGAAAAGAUUGUGGACAAGUGUGAAGGGUUGCCACUAGCUAUUGUUGCCAUUGGAAGUUUGCUGAUGCGCAAGAGGCUAUCUGAAAAUGAAUGGAAAUGCUUCUAUCAUCAGCUGGAUUGGCAGAUAGUUAACAACCCAGAGCUCAGCUCCGUGAGGAAUGCCCUGGACCUUAGCAUCAACCAUUUACCAGGAAAUCUGAAGAACUGCUUUCUGUACUGUGGUAUAUUUCCUGAAGACUGUUUGAUUCGAAGAGAAUACCUUAUUCGGUUAUGGAUAGCUGAAGGAUUCAUAGAAGAAAGGGGGCCAGGUAUAACUAUGGAGGAAGUAGGGAAUGAGUAUCUCCAUGAAAUUGCUCAACGUUCGCUUCUUCAAGUGAUUCAGAGGGAUGCUGAUGGCAUGGCCCAGACAUUCCAAAUGCAUGACCUUGUAAGAGAUAUAGUUCUAAGCAAGUGCACAGUUGAGAAAUUUUCUCUUCUUCUGGAUAGCUCUCGUGAUACUAUGCGCAGCAGAGAAGCACGGCGUGUUUCGGUACUGAAAGCUGACAGCAUUGAAGAUACUCUUGAUGGCGGAGAAAAGAUACGAUCCUUCAUUUUGUUCGAUCAUAGAGUAUCAUCCUCCUGGGUAGAAACUGCUACUCGAAAUUUCAGAUUGCUACGAGUCUUGUCCUUACAAUUCGCAGAGAUAACGAAGCUCCCUGAUGUUGUGACCACUCUGUUCAAUUUGCGCUACCUUGAUUUAUCUUACACCAAUCUUGAAGUGGUUCCCAAAGCAUUGUGUAAGUUGAGGAAGCUGCAGAUGCUAGAUCUUAUGGUAACUCAUGUAGUGGAACUGCCACCUGAAAUAAAGAAGCUGACUGAGCUCCGAUUUCCGCGAACAUAUGUCAUCCAUGAUUAUGAUGCAAGAAUAUUUGAUACAUAUCAAGGUGCUAAAGUAUAUCCCGGAAUUUGUCUUCUGAAGGAUAUGCAAGAACUAGGAAAUGUGGAAGCAAACAAAGAUUUAGUCGUCAAUCUUUGCAACUUGACGUUACUCCGAAGACUUGAAAUAACAAAAGUCAAGAGUGAGCACAUUAAGGAAUUGUGGACCUCCAUCACAAUAUUGGUGCACCUUUCUAAUCUUGAUAUAAUCUCUCAUGCCAAGGAAGAAGUUCUUGAUCUGGAAAACUUAGAUCCUCUGCCAAAUCUGGAAUACUUUUACCUGAAAGGCAAGUUGCAAGGAGGUGUUAUCCCAACAAUAUUCAGCGGUUUCAGAAAACUCAGAGACCUACGCAUGGGGUGGUCCAGGUUGCAAGCAGAUCCAAUUCCUUCAUUUGCACACUUAUCGCACCUGGUUGAACUUCACCUUUACAGAGUCUAUGAGGGGCAGAUCAUGACUUUCAGGACAGGUUGGUUUCCAAAGCUCGAGAAACUGUACUUGGCUGACAUGGAGCUGCUCAGUUGCAUCGAAGUGGAGGCUGGGACCAUGCCGAUCCUUAAUUAUAUGCAGCUCAUUGGUCUGAAAAGUAUGCUCGUUGUUCCAGCAGGAUUCCAAAAUUUGACCUCACUCCAACAGAUGGUCCUCAAGGACAUGCCAGUGGAAUUUAUGACUACGGUAAGAGGAGAAGACUGUACCAAGCAUAUACCCCUGAUACUUCAUCGCCUUCGCCAAUGAUGCAGUUGCCGCUAGUAAAAAUAUACCAUUGAGAUGAAGAAGCUGUUCUAUGUGUGUGUAAUUUGCUGGUGGUUCAUCAGUUUGUUUGUGUAUUGUAUUUGAACUCUGGAGUGACUAGUACUUAAUUUGGAACUGUAAUAACAAGGUAGUGGCACACUUCAGGUUUUUUGUCCCAUAGUUUGUAUACGACAAGGUACAAACAGUGGGUUUUCCUGAAAUGUGCUUUUAUCCGUGAUUGUUUAUGAAAAUAUUUGAUUCAGUCCUUUGAUCAGUUUGAUUUACACA